CGAGAAAACGCACUCUUUCUUUGACACUUGUACGGUGUGUACCUCUCUCUCUCUCGUUUAUGUUCUGGAGGAAGCUUGAGCUCUCACCUGUCAUCGUAAUCAAUGGAGGUCAAUACUAAAACAAUAAUACAAAAGUCGAAGUUUGGAAGAAUCUGUGUGUUCUGUGGAAGCAGCCAAGGCAAGAAGAGUAGUUACCAAGAUGCUGCUGUCGAUCUUGGCAACGAAUUGGUUUCAAGGAACAUUGAUCUUGUCUAUGGAGGUGGAAGCAUAGGGUUGAUGGGUUUUGUUUCACAAGCUGUUCAUGAUGGUGGUCGUCAUGUUAUUGGAGUUAUUCCCAAGAUACUCAUGCCUAGAGAGUUAACUGGUGAAACAGUAGGAGAAGUAAGAGCAGUUGCAGAUAUGCAUCAGAGAAAAGCAGAGAUGGCUAGACACUCUGAUGCUUUUAUUGCCUUACCAGGUGGAUAUGGAACACUUGAAGAACUGUUGGAGGUCAUAACAUGGGCUCAACUUGGGAUACAUGACAAACCGGUUGGUUUGCUUAAUGUUGAUGGAUACUACAACUCUUUGCUCUCCUUCAUUGAUAAAGCUGUUGAAGAAGGAUUCAUCAGUCCAAACGCACGCCAGAUUAUAAUCUCUGCACCUACCGCUAAGGAGCUUGUAAAGAAACUUGAGGAAUAUUCGCCUUGCCAUGAAAGUGUUGCGUCAAAGCUUUGCUGGGAGAUUGAGCGGAUUGGCUACUCUUCUGGAGACUGAUACGAAUCAGAAUCUAGAUAAACAUAUAAACUAUAACUAUUUGAAUGUCAGGAGAUUUCAAGAUAGAUCGUACUUAAGGAAGGAAACUAAAUUUUAAGAUCUUAGAAGCUUUUGAUUAGGAGGGUAAACUACAAUUUCAACUCACGGAGGAAAGUCUUUUGUGUAAAUUACUACUUUUCUUAAUGUUAAAUGUUUCUACUUAUUUUCCUCUAAUCAAUUGAUGUAAAACUUUAUAAGCAAACAAAAAAAACGAAUCAGAAUCUG